AUGGGUUAUAUUUAUAAGUUGGGAGGUCACAUGCAUUAUUUAUCCAUCGUUGAGCAUCGUGAUGGUUUGGAAUGCGGUGCUUGCGAUCGAUCGUAUGGUGAUGCCUACUCAUGCGAUUCUUGCGAGUUUAAUAUUCACUUGAAAUGUGAAUUUUUGCUCAAGUUACAAUCUCUAUUCUACCACCCUUGUCAUGAUGGACAUCGUCUUAAUCUUCUCACAACCGGAGCUCCUGAUCACACCGACCCAAAAUGCCAUAUUUGCGGUAAAAAUACUAAGCGCCUUCUUUGUCAUUGUUACGAUUGUAAACUCAAUUUGGAUAUCGAUUGCAUGUUUGAUGCCAUGUGUGCUCGAUCCAAUUUGAAUUUCCCGUGGCACCAUCAUCCUCUAUUAAUGUUUGAUUAUUAUGGUGACGAUAUGAAAUGCGAAGUGUGUGAUUUGCCCUCGGGAAAAGUCUACCUUUGCCCUCUUUGUAGAUUUAUGGUUCAUGAGAAAUGUGUCUCCGUACUUAAUACACCAGAGAUCACUCACUCGUCUCAUAGCAGACACCCUCUUAAGCUUGUUACCGAAGGAGCUCCUGGUUACACAGAUCCAAAAUGUCAUCUAUGUGGAGAAGACACUGGAAGGUUCAUAUACCAUUGUGAUAUGUGUAAGUUCAAUCUAGAUUUGGUUUGUGCGAUUGACAAUCCUCCACCAGUUGCUCUUUCAAAUCUGAAGGUCCAUGAGCAUACACUCACACUCAUGCCAAGGCUGAUCUCCUUCGUUUGUGAUGCUUGUGGGACAAAAGGAGACCGUUCUCCUUAUUUGUGUCAUCAAUGCGAUUUCAUGAUUCAUCAAACGUGCGCAUAUUUACCACGUCUUAUUCACGUCAAUCACCAUGACCACCGCAUUUCGUACAAGUAUCCUGUUGGUGUUCGAGAAGCCAGAUGUGGAGUUUGUUGGGAAGAUAUUGAUUGGUCAUGUGGGGCCUAUUCUUGUUCUCUUUGUCCUCGUUAUGCUAUUCAUUCACUAUGCGCAGUAAGGGACGACGUGUGGGAUGGGGAAGAGCUCGAUGGAGUACCUGAAGAUAUCGAAGAUAUCGAGCCAUUCAAAAGGAAUGAUGACAACACAAUCACUCAUUUCGCUCAUGAACAUAACCUCAUGAGCCUCAGCAAAGACGGUGAAGAAACCAGCUUGUGUGGAGGAUGUGUUCGUCCCAUCGGUUCUUACACAUUCUACAAAUGUUCAAAAUCAGAUUGCGGUUUCAUUCUCCAUGAAACGUGUGCUAAUCUUCUUAAAAAGAAACGACAUUUUCUGAGCCCAGAACCUCUCACUCUUUGCCUCCAAAGUCAACGCUACACAGAAGCUUGCCGAGCUUGUCGUCAAGUUUCUUGCGAGGGGUUCAUGUACUCUACAAAUUAUGAGAAUCAAAACUUUGACUUACUAUGCAGUUCGAUUACAGUGCCAUUUAUCCAUGGAGGUCAUGAUCAUCAAUUACUAUACCUCAAACUACAAGACGAUGACGUCAAGAUGUGCCAGAACUGCCUCAUCCACGAAGGAGAUGUCGUCAUAGGCUGUAAGAAAUGCAACUACUAUUUGGACUUUCGUUGCGCGACUCUACCAUUAACGGUAACGCUUCCAAGGUAUGAUGAUCAUCCACUCACUCUAUGUUAUGGUGAUGAAAAGGCAAGCGGCAAGUACUGGUAUACGCCAAACCAGGAGAAAAGGUCGAAAUCACUAAUAAAUUGGUGGCUAAUAAUAGCUCUUCACGGCCGCUUUGCGACACGUGUCGUUGUCGUUGCCCAGCUACACGAGAUGACCAUAACCACCAAAGAAGGAAGCAAGGAAGCCGGAUCGUCAGGGGGAACAAUAACCCCGGCAGCGGAUCAAGUGGAACAUGCAGUCCUCCCGACCCCGAACGCUCCGAGAAAGGCUGCCACAACGGAGAGUCCAGAAACGUUCGUCAUCGCAAGAAACCUAGCGAGCCCGACGACCACAGAGCCGACUCCGAACCCAGCGCAACUCACCCUGCUCAACAGCCAGCCCGUCUCCAACAUAGAUGAGCUAUUCCGCGGUAUCUUAGCACGCCUCGACCAGCAGGAACAGCGAACCAAUACUCGAUUGGAUGCACUAACCGCAACACAGGUCGAAUCCCAGGAAGAAAUCAACCAUCUCCAGGCCGUUCGACAAGGUUCGACGAAUAUCUUCUCAGCAGGAAUGAUGCCAAGGCCGAAUGCGAUAACUGACGGGCUCGAGCGCGACCCCAACUCGCGCAUCGAUUAG